UACAAACAAUGACAUUAAAAACAUGGCAUUAAUUGCACAUUCCCUAAAACUAUAUCAAUAGCCCACAAUUGCUGUGUUGAGUGCCAUCACAUAUCACUUCCCAACUUCAAAACCAAAUAUCUUCGACAAUGGAACCCAACAAAGCGGCUCUUAGGAUUGUUCGAAUAAGCUUUCGUGAGCAACUCGAAGAGCUUGUGGACUUUAUUUGCGAUGCAUUCAUGGAAGACGACCUAUUCUGCGCCAUGGUCCCUGGACGCCAUGAACAUCCCGAAGCAGCUCGAAGCAUGUGGCGCACGACCCUCGUCGAGGAGUACGGGAGGAAAGGCUCUGUGCUUCUCGCUGCUAUUCGUCAGGGAGAGAAUGGGGAGCAAGGCGAAUUUGUUGCCUGUGCAGUUUGGUGUCGUUGUGGAAAGAGUGAUCUCGCUCGGAGCUGGCAGGGAGAUAACUGGAACAAGCGAAUUGCCAGACUUGAAGCUGCGUGGACCAUGUUCUAUAGCUUCUCCCUUCGACAAGCAGGUCCCGGUAUUGCACUAGACGCCUGCAUCGCAGCAGGAGCAGCUGCAGAGCAAGCCUACAAGUUCUACCCCGAUGAACGCUGGCGUCUUGGCCUCCUAGCCACCUCACCUAAAUGCCAAAGAACCGGCAUCGGAAAGCGUCUUGUGCAGUGGGGUCUUGACCGCUGUGAAGAGGAGGGAGUCCCAGCGACGCUCGAGUCCAGUGUGUCAGGACGACCCCUCUACGAAAAGAUGGGCUUUAGAGAGGUGGGCACUGUGAGCUUCUACGAAGGAAAGUGGUCCAUGCCUGCCAUGCUCAGACCUGUGGAGGAGGACAAGAAGACAGUUUAGAAGGUAGCUUUGUCAGAUUCAAUGGCUGAAGGCAUGGUUUGAAGCAAAUGGGAUUGGUAGUUGCGGGCAAGGGCGUAUGCUUGAGAUGUAUGAUAGACGGCAUGGAGUUUCAUUCUUGAUUAUUUGCAAAUUCUUGAUUCAUUUGCUACCUACACUACUAAACUCAUUAUGGUGGAAAUGAGGGGUUGGCUCGGCGUCUUGCAGAUGACGAGCAUCAGGCGUAGAAUGCUGGCUGAACUGAACUGAAGGGCG